UUCAUUUCAAAAUUAAAAAAAUAUCGAGAAAACGAAGGAUAAAUCAAAAUCUUGUUGCCCAUUUAGUACUUAGUUCAUGGAUUAUGCUUUGACUGGUUAUAUGUUUAUCGUAUUAGCUUCUGCAAUAGUUGUUGACGGUUACCUGUUUGAUCACUAUUCUCAGGGAAUGGAUUCUAUUCCCGAUGCCAUUGUUCAGUACAUUUUGUCACACUUGAUCAAUGCUCGGGAUGUUGCAGUUUGUAGUUGUGUAUCCAAGAGAUGGAACGAGUCAUUGCUUUACCUUCGAAGUCUCUACUUUCCUCGCAACUCCUUCGAUAGCCACUCUGGCAGUGAUAGCCCGGACACUAUUGUCUUUAAAAUGCUUUGGACAACUGCAUGUUUAGAGGAGCUUGUAGUUUACAGUCCAUUCACCAGUGCAGGCCUUGCUUCGUGGCUAUUACUGGUGCAUUCAUCACUCAAGAAUCUUGAGCUCCGAAUGGAUAAUAUUACUGAUUAUCAGGCAUGUGUUGAUAGCCCUUCCAAAUUGGAUUGCAUUGGUGCAGCUACGAAUUUGGAGUCUUUGAAGCUCUGGGGUGUACUAAUGGCUAAUCCACCCAAGUGGGAUGUUUUUAAAAACCUUCAAAGCCUUGAAAUCGUUGGAGCAAGAUUGGGGGAUACUGCAUUGUCUGCUGCACUUAGGGCAUGCCCUAAUUUGACUAACUUGGUAUUGCUUGGUUGUGAAGGGGUUAGGUCAGUUUCAAUUGACUUGCCGUACUUAGAGCAGUGUAAGCUGGACUUUUAUGGCUUGGGGAAUUGUUCCCUUUCUCUCACUUGUCCGAAAAUUGAACUCCUUGAGGUGCAUGGUUGUAGUUGGAUUAGAGUUCGUGAGGCUACAUGCUUGAGGAACCUUUCGAUUGCCAACAAUGCUGGUAGAGUAUACGUGGUAGACUUUGGGAAGCUUUCAGCCCUUGAAUUCUUGUCCAUAAGGGGGGUUCAAUGGUGUUGGGAUGCAAUUAGAAAAAUGCUAGAAUGGUGUCGUGAGGUGAAGCAUCUCUACAUGAAGGUUGAAUUCACGGGAGAUUUGGAAUCACUCUUACCCUUUCCCGAAGUUGACUUUGUUGUUUUUAAUAGCCAUCCCAAGCUGCAAAAGUUUGAUAUACAUGGUGCCAUGUUCGCUGCUCUUUGCCAGAGAAACAGCCUGAAAAAUGUGGAACCAGGCUUCAUGAUUCCAUGCCUAGAGGAAGUUGUUGUCCAAGUGAGAUCACCAUUAAACGCUGAACAGAAAAUGAGCACACUGGAGUCCAUUUUGAAGUAUGGGAAAAACUUGAAGACAAUGGUAAUAAGGAUUCUUCAAAUGAAGAGCAGCCAUAGCAGCACAGAUGAUUUCUUUGAUGAGAUUUGCAGGCUUAGGUUUAUGAACCGCAAAAUAGUUCAAAUAGAAUAAAGCUGACAAGGGGCACCUUCUUCUCUUUAAUCUUUUUUUUUUUUUUCAGCUUUGAAGUGAACAGUUUUGCCUACUAAUCAAGAAUAGUUCAUAUAGAUGAUUGCUUCAUGAUGGUUCUCAUGGAGAAACUUUCAAGUUUUUAGUUUCAUCUCUAAUGUGGUUGUGUAUUUUGAUCUACCAAUUCUAUGUUAACUUUGGCAUUUGAAGUUUUUGCAUUUGAUAUUCAGUGGGUACUUUACCAAUCGACUGAACAAACGGCUGUGAUACAUGUUUGGCCCGUAGUACUGCACGCCCAAAGGCAAAAGCAAAAGCAAGGCAAAACAGCUGACGGUUGAAUCGGAAGUGCAAAACAGUUUCUUUAUUAAUAUAAAUCUGGUUAAAACAAAUUACAGUGACUGUGCCGUAAAGCAGACUAUGCCAAUAAAAAAAAUCAGUGUAUUUUGCACUUCCACAGUUCCACUUUCCAUCAAAGAACAUGCCGAUUAUAUGACUUGAUGCACACACCCACCAUCAAAUCAAACUAUGAGCUGCGUUCCAUUGGU